AAGCAUAUAAUAAAAUUAUAUGGCCAACAGGCCAAGCUUCUAAAUUGCGGCUCAAAGAAUGCGCAAGAUUUUGUAUCUAAUUUUGUGAAUUGAACAUGGUUUUUGUGUAUAGGUGGGGAAUAUAUAAUUAUGCAGCAAUUUUCGGAAUCACCUUCCUUCUGGCCUCAGAGUGUUACUCCGAGAAAGCUCCAUACUCGACGUUCGCCAGAGAUGCAACAGCUGCUCCGGAGGUGGAAUACUAUGAUUACAUUGUCAUUGGGGGUGGCACUGCAGGUUGUGCAUUAGCAGCAACUCUUUCACAAGGCUCCACAGUUUUAGUACUCGAAAGAGGUGGUUUGCCUUAUGAUCACCCUACAAUCACCAACAUGCGUGGCUUUGGUCUAACACUUGCUGACACCUCACCUUCAUCGCCAUCACAAUUAUUCAUUUCAACUGACGGUGUGAUUAACCAUCGUGCCCGUGUCCUGGGCGGUGGGACAGCCUUGAACGCGGGAUUCUACUCCCGAGCCAGCUCUGAGUUUGUGACUGGAGCUGGAUGGGAUCCUACACUAGUGAAAGAGUCAUAUGAAUGGGUUGAGAAAAAAAUUGUGUUUGAACCGCAAGUAAAACAGUGGCAAUCUGCAGUUAGGGAUGGGCUGCUUGAAGCUGGAGUUUUGCCGAAUAAUGGUUUUACUUAUGAUCAUCUUAUAGGGACCAAAAUUGGGGGGUCUAUUUUCGAUACAGAGGGAAACAGACACACUGCAGCUGAUUUGUUAGAGUAUGCUCAUCCUUCUAACAUUUCUAUCCAUCUUCGUGCAACUGUACAACGAAUUUUGUUCAUUUCUGGAGCAAAACCAAAAUCUAAAGGAGUAGUAUUUAAGGACUCGGAAGGCAUCAAUCACUGGGCAUACCUUAACGACGGUUCUAAUAACGAGAUCAUAGUGUCCGCGGGUGCUUUAGGGAGCCCUCAGCUAUUGAUGUUGAGUGGUAUUGGGCCUGGUGACCAUCUCAAGGCCAACGGGAUCGAAGUGAUUCUAGAUCAGCCCAUGGUGGGGCAAGGAAUGGCUGAUAAUCCAAUGAAUGCACUUAUUGUUCCUUCAAAAGAGCCUCUGGAAUUCUCAUCAGCUGAAGCUGUUGGUAUCACUGCAUUUGGUUGUUACAUUGAAGCAUUAAGUGCCAUCGUUGAGUUCGGUUGGGCAAAUACUUUGCCUCCAGAACUAUUAAAUCAGACUAAACAAGUCUAUACAACGAGUCGACAAGAACAAAGUACCGAAGUGAAAGCUGCAGUUGAUUCAUACCUAGCAUCAAGUGUUCAAGCAGGACUUGUCCUUGAGAAGGUAAGGGGUCCAGCUUCCUCAGGCCACCUCGAACUCAAAACUUUAGAUGCAAAAGACAAUCCUAAAGUCACUUUUAACUACUUCAAAGAUCCACAAGACUUGCAGAAGUGUGUGCAGGGGAUGGAAACAGUGAUAAAGGUAAUAGAAUCCAAAGCUGUGUCCAGGUUCCGUUAUGAUACUGGUUCCAUAAAACUUUAUAUGGACACGAUGCUCGCCCUUCCACUCAACUUGAGGCCUAAACAUUUAACCACAACUUUUUCAUUGGAACAAUUCUGCCUGGACACAGUUAUCACUAUAUGGCACUAUCAUGGCGGAUGCCAUGUCGAUAAGGUUGUUGAUCAUGAUUACAGAGUUGUCGGUGUUGAUGCAUUACGUGUUAUUGAUGGAUCGACGUUUGAUUCUGAUUCACCAGGGACGAAUCCUCAGGCAACUGUCAUGAUGCUUGGAAGGUAUAUGGGGCAGAAAAUACUUCAAGAGCGAUCAUCUUAUACGAGGAAAUAGAAAUCUGCUUUCUCCAGAAAACCAAAUAUACAUGUGCUCCUCUAAGAUGUAAUGUUUGUUUACAUAUAAAUUGGUGUCUAAGAUAAUCGAAAUGAUUCCUGUCACACAUAAAAGUUGUUCAUUUCGCCUGUAACAACUAACAACCCUGAAGCUCGCUUGGGGUGCUAUUUUACAGUAAUUUUUAAGAAAAAUAUUAUUUCCAGAACAAAAUUCAAUACU